UGCUUUUUAACAUAGGCUUUUUUUUACGUUAACACACUAACAUAUUUUUUUUACUGAGGAUUCGGUUUGCAAUUAUUUAUGCAUAAAAACACGAAUGAGCGCUCAACAGUUUUAAACAAUCGCUGACGGAGAAAGUUUCCACGGAUACCUGCGACGACAAAAGCCGGCGCGCAAACGUUAGGAAACGUCCCGACGAGUUAACGGUAACACGUGAAGAUGUAAGAAUCGGUAAGAAUCAGAUCGUCGGGGUUUAUUCGUUCCCCCGGGCUGAUUAUCCUGAUUGGCUCCACCCUCGAUUAUUCUGCUCCGGACCGCAGAGCGCGUUCAGCGCAGAGAGGCAGGCGAACACAAACCCCGCUUUUCAGUACCCUCCCGAGAGGAAUUUCAGUCCGUUUCCACGGGAUAAUGUCUUCAAAAGUGUUUUGCUAGGACACGGAGAGUCUGAGCGAGUCUGGGGAGAGCGUGCAGAAACUUCACAAACUGAGUUCACGAAGCGUCUGCGCUCAACUAUGGCGCUCAGAGCCAGAGCUUUAUACGACUUCAUCUCUGAAAACCCCGGCGAGAUCUCGGUGACAGAGAGCGAACUUCUCACUCUGUGCAGCGAAGAGGUGGUCGACGGUUGGUUGGAGGGCACGAACAGCAGAGGCGAGACGGGACUCUUCCCCGCGUCGUACGUGGAGAUCGUCAGGACUGACGCGUCACUGCACGGUAACGGCACAUCCGCCGGUCACGACUAUUACUGCCAAACUAGUCCUCAGGGGAGGGACACCUCGAAUGAAUCGACUCCCACCCAUUCCGCUGCUUACCAGGGGCAACUUCAGCAACAGCGACACAGUUUUCAGACGAGCCAGGGAAGCGACGAGGACUGGGACGAUGACUGGGAUGACGGCGUGACGGCGGAUGAGCACGGGACACCUGAAAAACGCGGGAAUGCUCAGGCGGGAUAUCCCGUUACUAGCUCCUCGGCUUCCCGACGCGGGAGCGCGCAGCAGUCCAAAAGCACGGGCACGGUUGGGAAAAACCUCAAUAGGUUCUCCACCUUCGUGAAGUCGGGCGGCGAGGCGUUCGUUUUGGGCGAAGCUUCGGGUUUGGUCAGAGAUGGAGACAAAAUAUUUGUGGUGAUGGGCCAGUUCGGUCCGGAGUGGCAGGAGAACCCGUAUCCGUUCGCUUGCACCAUCGACGACCCUACAAAGCAGACCAAAUUCAAAGGCAUGAAGAGCUAUAUGUCCUACGGACUCACGCCUAGUCACACGCAAAGCCAGGUGAAUAGAAGAUACAAGCACUUCGACUGGCUCUACGCCCGACUUGUAGAAAAAUUCCCCGUCAUUUCGGUCCCUCACCUGCCUGAGAAACAAGCCACGGGUCGAUUCGAGGAGGAUUUCAUUUCGAAGAGGAGGAAGGGUUUAAUAUGGUGGAUGAAUCACAUGACAAGUCAUCCGAUUCUAUCCAAGUGCGACGUUUUCCAGCAUUUUCUCACCUGCAGCAGCACUGAUGAGAAAGCUUGGAAGCAAGGCAAGCGAAAGGCAGAGAAGGACGAACUGGUCGGCGCUAACUUCUUCCUCACUAUCUGUCCUCCAGCUUCGCCUCUCGACUUGCAAGAGGUGGAGAGCAACGUAGACGCUUUCAAAACGUUCACCAAGAAAAUGGACGAGAACAUCCUGCAGCUCAACGUCACUAUUAACGAAUUCGCCAGAAAGCAGAUCACUGGUUUUAAAAAGGAGUAUCAGAGAGUCGGGCAGGCUUUCAGACUUCUGAGUCAGGCCUUCGAAUUCGACCAGCAAGCAUAUUCGGCGCCGUUAAACAAGGCCAUGGUGCACACCGGGGACGUCUACGAGACCAUCGGGGACUACUUUGCAGAGCAGCCCCGUCAAGAUUUGGAGCCGAUUUCUGAUCUUUUAGCGAUUUACCAGGGCCACCUCGCAAACUUUCCAGACAUUAUCCAUGUCCAGAAAGGAGCCCUCACAAAGGCCAAGGAGAGCCAGAAGCACGGGGAGGAAAAAGACGGCAUCGCCGGCGGAGGCAUCCACGACCGCUGCAACAUCAUCUCCUGCGCUACGCUCGCCGAGAUCCAGCACUUUCAUCGCGUGCGCGUGCGGGACUUCAAGGCACAGAUGCAGCAUUUCUUACAGCAGCAGAUCAGCUUCUUUCAGAAAAUCACAGGCAAGUUGGAGGAAGCCUUGGACAUGUACGACCAGGCCUAGGACGUUACCUUCCCGCGGAGAACUGAAAUAAAACCAAUAAUACUCGUGAAAGUACGGCUUACUUUCUUGCAGUAGUGUUUGGGGUGGCUUUGAGAACGAACAAUGAUGACAGCGUGUGCCAGACAUUGACAAUUGUCCUUAAAAUGUAGAAUACUAUAUAAUCUGAUUAUACGUAACAGACGUAAUUGAUUUGAGUUGAAACCCUUGAAACAUAACCACAGGUUUACAUUUCAGUCGAUAUAAACAAAACAGAUUGCCUACUUCUAACUGUGUGCCUGUACUGAUACGGUUCUGUCAGUCAGCCCCGUGCUGAUGAUAAUUAAAGGCAUUUGUGUCUUCUGAA